AUGACGAGAUUGGUAUGAUAGCUAAUCUAAAUCUAACCUAACUUAACCUAGACCUAACCCAAUCGUAAUUUAUAACCAUUAUUUAUCAAUUUAAAUUAUCAGAGGCAAGAGAUUAAAAAAGUCUGUCGUUGUUUUCUUAGUAGUUGCAACUCUUUUUAAAUUGUGUCAACUUUUGUUUUAAUUUUCAAUCCUUUCGUUAUGUUAGGCAUCAUAGGUAGAAUACGAUUGUACGUAUAGUGCGAUACGCUAGUUCCUUUUCUAUACAAUCCAUCGUCACGCACAUGUAACGCAAUAUGUAUUUCAAUUCUCUUUUUUUUUUAGAUACAAACGUAUCUUGUUUAUUUUUAUCAGAGAUAAAAGAGAUGAAAGAGAUAGUUUGAUAUACUGCGAAUUGCAUCCGUAUAUGCUCUGGCAUUGCAACACAUUUUGUCCCUCGUUGUUUCAACAUUUCGAUCUCGAUUAGCAAGAGUUGUACGUACUUGAACAACGAUGGAAAUUUCGUCUUGCAAGCACGAAACGUAGGAUCGAGAAAUAACGAGAAAUAAUAAAUUAUUCGAAAAAUUUCUACGACAAAGGUGGUCAAUCGUUGAAACUCGUCUUUCAAUUUAACCCGAGGAUAUAUAUUAACGUGUGAAAAUGUAGAGACGAUUUUUCAAAAAGCUGAUGGAUUAAAAAAUUAAACGUUACGAUUACGAGUAACUCCAAUUUCAUAAAAAAUUGUCCAGUGCAUUUAUUAUACUAUUUUACAACAAUGAUACUCGAUCAUUCAAGUAUCAAACAUUUUUGUUAGAAAUAUAACGAUCACGUUUCUUCGUGGAACGUCUCUUUUCCUAAAGUUUCCUAGUAAACUUUACCUUUCUUUUUACACGCAGUCUUUUAUUUUAUUAUUAUUUCUCUGUAUAUUUUUCUUCUUCUUCUUCUAUUCGCACAAUUUCUAGAUAAUUUCUAAUUUAUUUGGACGCAACGUUAUAUCGUUAUAAAUUUCAUUAGAAGCUGUUGGGGCUUGUAAAUAUAUUCGAAAGUUGCUUGGGUGGCGAAUACCAUUUCGCAACAUGCAGGAAAUGUGCGAAAAGAACGUUUAUAAUGUGCGCUAGCUAGCGUAUUGCAACAUGCUCUUGCUCACCGAGUGUCAAACGAGUAUAGAUACCUUUUAGUAAGUAUGCCUUUUACCUCGAUUAGCAAACAGCAAGAAGCUAGUUGAGAAGGCCAAGCAGUUUCUUCUUCGACGCUUCUCCAACGAUUAACGGAUGACGUUCACUACACUUGCACAAAAAUCCAGAAUUACACACCCCAGACAGACACACCUGAAAAUCCUUCUCUCACCUCACCUCCAAUCUGUCAUUUUCAAUUCUGUGUUUCCAUCAGACUGGUGGAGUUUUCUGUACGUUUGGAGGAAAAAGGUGAAACAAUGGCCAACGUAUAAAAAAAUAUGAUACAGUCGACUCUCAGUUGAGUUUGGUUUUUCAAAUGUAUAUAAAAACAUUAGUCAAGUGUCGCCUAGCGAAGUAGCGUUUUUUGCGACGAUUUGGCAUGGAAUGUGCAUGGAAUUUCUUGAUCAAAACGAAUCGUCGAUCAAUAAUCUGAUCACGACGGAGGACGGAAAUCGGAGUCAAAACGACAGCUUGCCUCAACAAUUUUGGCAAAGGCCUCUGAAACGGCCAGGCUCCGAUGAUGGACAAAAGACGCUUGUUCAAUCGAAAACCGGGCUGCUCGAAGAAAUCCAUCGAUCCGACAGGCAACCACCGUCGCAAUCAGAGGAUUGUCCAACGCGUGGAACGUCGAUACCGACCUAGCCAUCGAGUGCAUACCACCCAUCACCGCACUCUUCCUCUCCAUGUCGAUGUAUCUCAACACAAUUUUUAACGCGAAAAAGAUCAAGGACAUACUGUUGACGAUUAGAGAUAGCCACAACUACUACACGAACCGUCCGGAAAACGCGAUCCUUCGAUACUACGACGCGCAAGGGAGCAAAAUUACAUUUUAUUACGCCUGUAUUCCACGAGCAAAGUAUAAAGAUCCGUCCACUUUGGUUUCAGCAUACGUCUAUGUGACAGUGAUGGCUUACAUAACGAUACCAGCAGUAUCACUAAUGCUCGAUCUCGUCGGAGCUUCGUCGAAUCAUUCCGAGGAGAAAAGCUUCCCCAUCCAACUCGAUUACGGCGUGGACGCGCAACGAUACUUUUAUUAUCUGUUUGUACAUUCGUACCUGACGAUAGCCAUAAUCGCCAAUUUAAUCGCUUCUUGCGAUACCACGUACAUGCUGUACGCGCAACACGCUUACGCAUUGUUUGCAAUUGUCAGCUACCAACUGAGAACUGUGCACAUUUUAGACACAAACGUCUCGCUGAGGAUCCUCGCACACGAUCCUCGGAAAAACUUGCUCCAGAAGCAGGCAAAUCGUGUGCAACUAUUACCGGAACAAGAGAAACGAAUACACGGCAAACUGUUCCUUUGCGUAAAAAAACAUCAAAAUGCAAUCAGGUCGACUGUGAUGAAACUAGGUAACGUAGCUGACACGAUACGAUUCGGAUCGUUUACAUUUGCGCAAGCCAUUCAUAUAUUCGUGCUCUGCCUUCCUGGACAAAGGCUGUUGAACCACAACGAGGAAAAAGAAGGACCAAUUCUCGUCUCUAGGUGCGAAGCAAUGUGGUACAUAUUCCCGAGAAAUUGCCACAACUUGUAUAAGUUUCUGCUCGCAAGAACGUUCGCAUUCAGCAAGAUAACAGCUUUGAGAAUGGCGACCAUGUCGAUGGAAACGUUCCUCGCGGUAACACCACUUCUUUCAUCGCGAUCUUUAUCGUCGAGUACAAAGAUACGUUUUCUUAUCGCUUGUCGUUCAUUUUCAUUUUCAGAUUAUUCAAAGCGCGAUGAGCUACUUUGCUGUACUAUUAUCAGUUACGUGAACGUCAACGUCAACGUCAACAUCAACGUCAACGUGAAUGAGAA